CUGACCAGCUUUGCGCGCAACCGACUUGCUCGACCUACUGAAUUCAUAUCCAUUCCUCGACCACCCCUUAAACCAUCAAGCUGGCGUCGAUACAGUCGUCCGACUCUCAACAGGGCGACGCAGCAGCAUCGCUGCACCCUGACUUCCAAUUCGCUGACUUUGAAGCUGCGGCCGUGGAUCCAAAGAUGGAGGACGGUGCCCCGGUCACGUCACUGCCGAUGGCGGCCGAAGCCGAGCCCAUCUUGAGGGACAGCUCAGCGUCGGCGCCAGCUGCCGCAUCGCAGAACGUAUCGCAACCCCAGCUUGGUAUUCCAGCACCCCCCAACAGUAGCUCCACAGCGAGCUCUCCUCAACCAAGCGCCGAGUUUCCAUCUAUCUCAGCUUGCAACAUGAAUGUGCCCUGGGCUAACGCCUUUCUUAGACCAGUUGCGAUCGCACCAGCGAUGUAUGCCACAGGCACAUCUCCUGCAAGCACGGCCCCUGGCCCAGGCGGCAAUCUACCUACAUGCCAGAAUUGUGGAACAUCUACCACCCCGCUCUGGCGACGGGACGAGUCGGGCGCAGUCCUCUGCAAUGCAUGCGGCCUCUUUUUGAAGCUUCAUGGCCGGCCGAGACCGAUAUCACUCAAGACGGACGUGAUCAAGAGUCGCAAUCGUGUUAAAACGAUGAACUCCGCUCUUGCGAGACAGAAAAAGGCGCAAGCGCAGCAACAUUACAACCCUGCCCAAACGGGUGAUAUCAACGGGACGGAGUCUGGCACUGGCAACGGGACUCGAAGGCCAUCGCAAAAAUCCGCCAAUGGUGCUGUCGACGAUCCCAACUCUCCCAUUUCCCGCACCGGGACGCCCAACCUCUAUGCGUCGCACAUCACACCCCUUUAUCAGAACAUUGACGAUCAGUUUCAGGCGCAACAGCUGUCUGGCUUCGGCGGACCUGAUGGCCGUGCUCCAUCGCCUCUAAACGGCGACCGACUUGAUAUGCCGCAAACCCACGAGCAGCUUCUUGCGGCCAAUUCGAGCUUGAAGACAAGGGUCAGCGAGCUUGAGGUGAUCCAAGAACUGUAUCGUGGAAGAAUCCAGCAGCUCGAGCACGAAGAAGCGAACCGGCAGGCGCAAGAGAAGAGCAAAUCCGAUGCCGAGGUGCAGCUGAGAGCACAGCUGGACGCGAUGAACGAGUCGCACGCACAACUCCAGAAAGACCUAGAGGAGAGUCACCGGCGAGAGAAUAUGUUAAAACGGCGCCUGGACGAACUCGAGGUGGAGCUCAAAGAGGCGAAAGAGGCUCUCGAAGUCCACGAGAGCGGCCGUGCCAAGAGAGCGCGUGUCGACGAAAAUGCUGCGAACACGGACGAUGCAGUCACUCCGCACUCGACGUCAUAAUGUUUCUCCUAGGUCCAAGUGCGGAGUGGCCCACAUGUUGGCCGCACAAGAAUGCCCUUGUAGUUUCCAGGGUGCAUUUGUCUUUCUGCCCAGACAUGCAUCAAUCCUGGUUUGGUCGGGUUCUGAGCGAGCACCGGUUUAUUUUUCUCCUCUUUUCCGCGACGACGGCUUAUCGCCGAGCAAUCUGAUGAUGUCUUUUCCCGCUCUCUUGGGACUUCCAGCGCGGUCUUGCAGGAUCUCAGCGGAGGGAGCCUGGCUUUAGCAUAAGGUGGUGAUGGGAACCC